GACGACUCGAGGAAAGACCAACCUUUUGGAGAGGCUAAAGAUGUCGGGCUGCGUUCUGGGUGGAUGCACCUGGGCUAGGCAGCAGCAGGGAGUUCCGCCGGCUCCCUCGGGCAGCAGUUUGCUGCAGCUUGCCUGCCUGCUCUGCAUUCCCUUGAAUAGGGGCGGCCGGUGUAUGUGAAGGAAUCCUACCUCCAUGAUAGGGUUGGCUUUAGCACUGGGCCCGAUUCACCCACAAGGGUCGCUUUGUGAAUCAUGGGGCAGAGAUCGAGAGUCAGUGGAGAGGGGAGCUUUAUCCUGGGGAAGAUGGGGGGCGCGGGCUGGUCUUUAUGAGUGGUUAAGGGUCUUCCCUGUAGGUUGGGAAUUAGGGUCUUCCUUCUUAGUCGGGGGGCGCGAUCCUGCUCUUUCUUGUGGGUUAUUACCGGGUGGGACUGGGCUUCGCUUCGCUGGUUAGCAUUGGGGUCUUUAUGAUAAGUUGGGGGGGGGGCUUUAGAUCUCUCUUUUUUUUACAACUGAUGAGAGGGGGGUCCUGAUUGUUGAUGGGGAGGUUUUCAAUACUUUUUUGCACGAUCGGCGGACCUACUAAAGUCCUUCCUCCUGGUUCGCUUGCGGGGGGGGGGUCCAAGUCUCCCGACUCACCCCCCUCCCUAUUCCCCCCAUCGGCUCUAAGAAGACCCCCCCCCGCACAACACCACACACCCAGGUCUUCUUGCUUUGUCCUUUUGCUCUGCGGGGCCCCCAUAACCUUCCCGGUCAUUCCUGGGGGGGCCGCUGGUCCCUUUUCCUAGGAAAGGGGUGAUGGGGGGGUCCUGGCGGGGGGGAAAGCACCAUCCAGGCAAGGAAGAGGCGGCAGCCCAGCAGCGGCCGGAGCGACACCCCCCCCACACACACACCAUUGCAGAAGCUGCGCGCGGUCCUCCCCCCCCCCCCCGCAACGAGGCUCUCUCCAGGGUGGAGCAAGCGAGGAGGAGGCGGCUGGUCGCUGCUGGAGCAUCUCUCGGCGCCAGAGUCCCGAGCAUCUGCUGCUGCUGCCGCCGCCCCCCCGCCUAUCGGAUCCGCUCCUAGCAAGCGAAAGGAGGCGGGGGGGGAGGCGGGAGGGAGGCAGCAGCCCCCCCGCAACACCAUGGACAAGUGAGGCAAGGCGACAACUGCGCGCCCACCCACCCCGCGCUUGCCCGCCCCAUCCCUGGGGGGCUGCACGGGAAAACAGCCCUCCCCAAACCCUUCUAACCAGCAGGGGCCGUUGUCCGCGCCAUGUCGCACCUGUCUCAGCUGAAGGCUUCGGCCCUGCUCCUGGCCUUCUUCCUCCCCUCGCCGCUCGCAACGGUGGACGACCACCUGGGCACGCUUGGGAUCGGGGCCACGUCUCCCGAUGGCGGCAACCGCACUGCCAAGUGCCAGGAGGCGACGGAGUGCCAGGAAGGGGUCAUCCUGCCGGUGUGGCUGCCCCAGAACCCCUCGGUGGGCGACAAGGUGGCGCGGGCCAUCGUCUACUUCGUGGCGCUGAUCUACAUGUUCCUGGGCAUGUCGAUCAUCGCGGACCGCUUCAUGGCCUCCAUCGAAGUCAUCACCUCCCAGGAGAAGGAGAUCACCAUCAAGAAGCCCAACGGCGAGACCACCACCACCACCAUCCGCAUCUGGAACGAGACCGUCUCCAACCUGACCCUGAUGGCGCUGGGCUCCUCCGCCCCCGAGAUCCUCCUCUCCAUCAUCGAGAUCGUGGGCCACGGCUUCCACGCCGGAGACAUGGGGCCCAGCACCAUCGUGGGCAGCGCCGCCUUCAACAUGUUCAUCAUCAUCGCCGUCUGCGUCCACGUGGUCCCCGAGGGGGAAGUCCGGCGGAUCAAACACUUGCGGGUCUUCUUCGUCACGGCCGCCUGGAGCAUCUUCGCCUACAUCUGGCUGUACCUCAUCCUGGCGUGGUUCUCCCCCGGGGAAGUGGAGUUAUGGGAGGGCCUCUUGACCUUCCUGUUCUUCCCCAUCUGCGUCCUCCAGGCUUGGGUUGCAGACCGGCGGCUGCUCUUCUACAAGUACGUCCAGAAGAAAUAUCGUGCCGAUAAGGCCCGGGGCCUGAUCAUCGAGACCGAGGGCGACAGCAGCUACCCCAAGCUGGACAUGGAGAUGGACCACUCGUUAAAGGAAGGGUCCGAAGGCCUCGUGGAAGGAGCCAAGGACCAAGACGACGAAGCCCGCCGGGACAUGGCCCGCACGCUGAGGGACCUCAGGCAGAAGCACCCGGAGAAGGACAUGGAGCAGCUGAUCGAGAUGGCCAACUACCACGUCCUGGUCCAGCAGCAGAAGAGCCGGGCCUUCUACCGCAUCCAGGCCACCCGCAUGAUGAUCGGGGCAGGCAACGUCCUCAAGAAGCACGCGGCCGACCAGGCCCGCAAGGCCGUCAGCAUGCAGGAAGUGCGUGCGGAAGACGACGAGUCGGUGACCAAGGUCGGCUUCGAGCCGGCGCACUACCAGUGCUUCGAGAACUGUGGCUCGGUGGUGCUGACGGUGGCCCGGCGAGGAGGGGACCCGUCCCGCGUCACGCUGCGUGUGGACUUCCGCACGGAGGACGGCAGCGCCAACGCCGGCUCCGACUACGAGUUUGCCGAGGGCACUCUGCUCUUCAAGCCCGGCGAGACCCACAAGGAGGUCCGGGUCGGGAUCAUCGACGACGACAUCUUCGAGGAGGACGAGUACUUCUACGUCCACCUCAGCAACGUGUGGGCCACCUGGGCAGAGCCGGGCUCCGAGCCUCCUCCCAAAGCCUGCCUCGGGCCCUCCAAGAUGGCGACCGUCACCAUCUUCGACGACGACCACGCCGGCAUCUUCACCUUCGAGGGGGCCUCCAUGCGGGUGAGCGAGAGCGUGGGGGCCGUGCGCAUCAAGGUGCUGAGGACCUCGGGGGCCCGCGGGCGAGUAGCCAUCCCUUUCCACACCAUCGAGGGCACCGCCAAGGCUGGGGAGGACUACGAGGAGGUCGCCGGCAAGGUGGAGUUCCAGAACGACGAGACCAUGAGAUACAUCGAAAUUAAAAUUAUUGAUGACGAGGAGUAUGAGAAAAACAAGAAUUUCCACCUGCAGCUGGGGCCGCCAGAACUGUUGGAUACUGGCCCACGGCAUGGCGACUCCAACGAGAACCGGCUGCCCGAGGGAGAAGAGGAAGCCAUUGCCAAGAUGGGGUGCCCCAGCCUGGGGGAGCACUGCAGACUCGAGGUGGUCAUCGAGGAGUCCUACGAGUUCAAGAGCACUGUGGACAAAUUAAUCAAGAAAACCAACCUGGCCCUGGUGGUUGGCAGCAGCAGCUGGAGGGAGCAGUUUGUGAGUGCCGUGACCGUCAGCGCAGGCGACGACGAGGAUGACGAUUCUGGGGAGGAACGCCUCCCCUCCUGUUUUGACUACAUCAUGCACUUCCUGACGGUCUUCUGGAAGGUCCUCUUCGCCUUCGUGCCGCCCACGGAGUACUGGUGCGGCUGGGCCUGCUUCUUUGUCUCCAUCUGCCUCAUCGGGGUGCUCACCGCCCUCACGGGGGACCUGGCCGCCCACUUCGGCUGCACCGUCGGCCUCAAGGACUCGGUCACGGCCGUGGUCUUCGUGGCGCUGGGCACUUCCGUCCCCGACACUUUCGCCAGCAAGGUGGCUGCCAUCCAAGACCAGCAUGCCGACGCUUCCAUCGGCAACGUGACAGGCAGCAACGCAGUCAACGUCUUCCUGGGCAUCGGGGUGGCCUGGACUAUUGCAGCCGGCUACUGGGCCAGCCAGGGCAAGCCGUUCCUGGUCCAGCCGGGCAACUUGGCCUUCUCGGUCACCCUUUUCACCAUCUUCGCCUUUGUCAGCAUUGCGGUCCUGCUCUACCGGCGCCGGGCACCCGUCGGCGGCGAACUGGGAGGGCCUCGCACCCCGAAAAUCCUGUCCACGCUGCUCUUCGUCUGCCUGUGGCUGAUUUACAUCCUCCUGGCUGCCCUAGAGGCCUAUUGCCACAUUAAGGGCUUUUAGGGCAGGGGCCGGACUGGGUCGAUUCGCCGACAGGCUUGGCUCAGGGGAGCCCCCCCUGCCCAAACCUGGGGAGACCCCUCCCUGGAGGACUUGAAAGAAGACUCCCCCGCCCAGGUUGGGACCCCCUCUUCCCUGUCCAGCAACACAGGGACACCUUCACUUCUGCCGAGUUCAGAUGAAGACUUGGCCAGAAAAACAGCCCGCAGCCGAGCGUCGAUGGAACGGGGCGAGGAAACCACGGGGCUAACCCCGGCUGACCGGCUGCACCUCAGUUCUGCCACGGACCGCUGGGGGUCUUCCGUCUCCAUUGGGAGAAACACCGCCUGCCUCCUGUGGCUUCCAGGAUCUGGUCUAGGAGACCCCCAACCCAAGUUUGGGGACACCAGUCCGUUUGGGGGUGCUGACUCAAGCAAAGCUGGGGUGCCCCAUGAAUUAAACACCCCAGACUGUAGGAGGGAAGAGAUGACCCACCCAGCCACCCACCCCGGCCAACUCUGAAUAGUCUUUGGUGAUGGGCUGGAGAGGGCUUGACAGGGUGGCGUUUCCGCCUCAAGUCUGGCCACCAUUUUGGCAGAGGAGAGCAGAGGCCGCUCACCUCUGAAGCCGGGACAAUUUUUGUGGGGUGGAAUGUGGUGGCGAGAACGUGGCAUUGCCCUCGAGGCGGGGGGCACCAUUUCCUCACACACACCCCACCCAAAUAAUUGUGCCGUGGUGGGGAAAGAGGGUCCCAGCCUGCCCAUUCCUCCUGUUCCAAGCACAGUGAAUUCUCUCUCAAAAACCUGCACUCUUGCAAAAAACAAACAAACCCCAGAACAGCACAAACAUUGCAAAAACAGCAAGAAAUGGCAGGACAGCGGCUUUUCCCUCCCUGCCAGAGCUGCCAAAUCCACCACCUUUCCCCACCAUCUUCAUUCACUUCUUCCCCUCUGUACAAAACCUAGAUUUAUAUUUAGUUUUUCUUAUUUUGCUUAACAGAAAAAAAAAUCUCUUUAUUUUAUUUUUAUUUAAGAAAAAACAGAAAAACCUGUGACACCCACUCACUCCUCUGCCCCUUUCACUGUCCCUUAACGUGGACUCCUUUAGCCCCACUCCCUACCUUGUGGUUGCUGUGCGCGGUGCUUCCUUCCCCACUCCUCCCUCAAAAGAGGGCGGGUGGAGAUCUCGGUGCGUCCCAUGCCCUGGUCUGCAUGGCGGCCCUCGUGUCCAACUCAUCCGAGCCGUGUGUCUGUGAGUCGCUUCGUGCCAUGCUUGUGGCCCAUCUUCUGCCAGUGCCUGCCCGUCGCUCCCGCCUGCUGUCCUGUUUCCUUGCCCACAUGGCCCCCUUUCCGUGUCCAAUUGCCUGUAUGUACUACUUUGAACUUGUUUUGUGUGUGUGCGUGUGUGUGCGCGCGCGCGUGUGCGUGUGUGGUUUUGUUCAUUUGUUUUUUCUUUAAAAAAGGUUAUUUAAAACUUGCUGGAGAAA